AGGCAGUUAAGGUCGGGUAUUAAUGGUAGUUUCCGCGCCGAGACCUCCAUGCGGCUGUUGGCGGAACAACCAGCCGCCUCUCUCGGUUAGCCAUCAGGGAUCUCGGUUUAAUAUCUCACCGUGCAGAGACUCGCCCUCUCUCUCCCCCUCUCUCUCCCCAGACUAGCCCAGAACCACCGACGACCGAGCUCCGGAGAACCCGCCUUCUUGAUUCUAGCUUUAUGCGCUUUUUUGGGGGGAUCGAAGGGAAGUGAGUGUACACCCUCUAACACCGCUCUGGGUUUAAGUGUUUUUUAAGUUUGAAGCCUCGUUUUUGCAGUGAAGUGAACACCGUCGGACCCUUCGCACGAUACACGACUGAACAACCACAAAUGAAUGGAGUUAUGGAUACAGCCACCCAAGGCCAAGUGUGGGCACAAGAUGACCUCUUAAAGCUCCUGGAGGCCAUGAAAGUGGCCCUGCCUCAGAAAGACCUGACUAAAUACAAAACGUCAGAGUCCCACCUGGACUGGACCAAGGUGGCCUUCAAUACCUUCACAGCUGAGAUGUGCAAGCAGAAAUGGCAGGAGGUUUCUAAAGAGAUUCGCAAAUUCAGGACUCUUACAGAGCUGAUAGUUGAUGCCCAAGACUACAUCAAAAACCCGUACAAGGGCAAGAAGAUAAAGAAACACCCAGACUUCCCUAAGAAGCCCCUGACUCCAUACUUCCGCUUCUUCAUGGAAAAGAGGGCCAAGUACGCAAAGCUGCACCCUGAGAUGAGCAACCUGGACUUAACUAAGAUUCUGUCAAAGAAGUACAGAGAGCUGCCUGACAAGAAGAAGAAAAAGUAUGUUGAGGACUUCUUACGAGACAAAGAGUCGUUUGUGCAGAGCAUGAUGAAGUUCAGGGAACUACACCCAGACCUUAUGGAGAGCAUGACCAAGAAAGGAUCUAAUGUGCCCGAGAAGCCCAAGACGCCCCAGCAACUGUGGUACAACCACGAGAAGAAGGCCUUCCUCAAGACACGCCCAGACGCCACCACCAAAGAUAUCAAGGACAGUCUUGGCAAACAGUGGACACAGCUGUCUGACAAGAAGAGGCUCAAAUGGAUCGGCAAGUCUCUGGAGCAGAGGAAGCUGUACGAGGGAACAAUGCGAGAGUACAUCCAGCAGCACCCCGAGUUAAACAUGACCCAGGAUGAUAUCGUGAAGUCCACCCUGACGAAGGCCGAGAGGCACCUGAAAGACAAGUCAGACGGCCGACCCGACAAGCCUCCUCCGAACGGUUACUCGAUGUUCUGCGCUGAGCUGAUGUCCAACAUGAAGGACGUCCCCAGCACAGAGCGCAUGGUGAUGUGCAGCCAGCGCUGGAAGCAGCUGAAGCAGGGCGAAAAGGACGCCUACCAGAAGCGCUGUGAACAGAGGAAGAAAGAGUUUGAAAUUGAGAUGAACCGGUUCCUCAGUAGUUUGUCCGAGGAGGAGCAGCAGCGAGUCUUGUCAGAGGAGAAGAUCGGGUUCAAGAAGGGCGCCAACAGUCCCGCGUCGAAAAAGAAGAACUCAAAAGCAAAGGCCAACGAGAAACCCAAAAGGCCAAUCUCAGCCAUGUUCAUCUUCUCUGAAGAGAAGCGUCCUAAACUGCAGCAGGAGCGUCCGGACCUCUCUGACAGCGAGCUCACCCGACUCCUGGCCCGCAUGUGGAAUGAGCUGCCUGACAAGAAGAAGGAGAAGUACAAACGUCUGGAAACGGUCCUGAAGGCAGAGUCUGAGAAGAAGGAGAGGGAGGAUCGUAGUCGUCUGCCUGACCCACCCAAGACUGCACAGGACAUCUGGCAGCAGAGCAUCAUCGGAGACUACCUGGCCAAAUUUAAGAACGACCGGCCAAAGGCUCAGAAAGCGAUGGAAGUAGCCUGGAGCACCAUGGAGAAAAAAGAGAAGAUAAUGUGGAUCAAGAAGGCAGCAGAGGACCAGAAGAGAUACGAGAGGGACCUGUGUGAGAUGCGUUCACCUGCUGCUACUAUCGCUGCAGGGAAGAAGAUGAAGUUUGAGGGCGAACCUAAGAAACCACCAUCAAACGGUUAUCAGAAGUUCUCCCAGGAGAUGCUGUCCAACGGGGAGCUGAACCACCUCCCCAUGAAAGAGCGGAUGACCGAGAUCGGCAGCCGCUGGCAGAGGCUACCUCUGAAGGACAAGGAGCGCUACAAGAAGAUCGCGGAGGAGAAGCAGAGACUGUACAAAGUCACUCUGGAGCAGUGGCUCGCGAGUCUUUCUUCACAAGAGAGGAACACGUACAGAGAAUACAACUCACAAAAAAGGAGAACUACUGCAAAACCAGGAGGCCCCAAAGCAAAGGCCAAGAAAUCUGACACAGAGGAGGAAGAGGAGGACGACGAAGAAGAGCAGGAGAAGGCUUCCUCUGAGGCCGAUUCAUCCAGCGAGGAUGACGACGACGAUGAGGAUGAGGAUAAGGAGGAGGACGACGAUGAUGAAGAGGACGACGACGACGACGAGGCCGAGGACAAGGAGAACAAGUCAGAGGACAGCAGCAGUGAGUCAAACUCACAGGGGUCGUCGGACUCUGAUUCGGACUGAAACGACGACGUCGUCUUCACGAGACGAACUGAGCAGCGCUGAGCUGAGCCAAGAGUCAAGGGAGCUCUGCCACUGUGCCAACCCUGCUCUCCUCCCACCACCAGAGGGAGCCCCGCAUUGCCUCAUCCCCUUCACUCUCAUCCACUUUAUGUUGCUGCGUUGGCGAUCUUCAUACGGAGGGGACCCCACCCUCGUGUCCAAAUUCAGUUUCAUUCCCCCCUACCCCCCCCCCCCUACCGGGCGCGACGCAAAACCCACUGCAGCGCCACAGGGCCGCCAAUGUUAUGCCAAAAACAGCAUCCCACUGGUUUGGUGAUGUCGUGAACAUUUCUGCCACUGGUUUAACUCUGGCCUCACAGGUUCAAUGGUUUAAAGGUUAGAGUUUUAAUGUGGAGGGUGAUCAAUCAUCCUUCCUUGUUUAUUUUAUUGUUCUGGUAUUCGUUGAAGACAGGUGACAUGAGUUGUGAACAGGCUUCAUAGAGCCAAAGAACAUAGUAACGUGGAUCGCUUUACAGAUGUGGGGGGGGGGGGGGGGUGUGCAGGGUACUGAAAAAUUGCACUCUUCAGAAUGUUCCAUAUUUUUUUUUUCUUUUCCUGAACAUUGUUGCGUUUUUUUCCCUAUGAUUUCUAAUUGAUGGUGUAGAUUUUAUCAUUUGGUUCUUAAAGAGGUGGUAUUUUUCAGGAAAAAAAUCAAGCCAUUGUGAAUGUUUAUAACAAAAGUAAAUAUGUAGUGCCUACAUAAAGUAUUCACCCACUCUUG